CAUCCGGGCGGCUCCCUCGCUCCUCUUCAACCGCAAUCCGCUCUCGACCACCGGGGAGGUCUGUGGCUGCAGAAGAAGCCCCACAGAAUCCCGGGCCCUUCCGUCGGCGUCUGGUACCGGGCCAACCCGCGCCCCCUCCCCCCCAGCGAGUCGCCGCUUCCCCGCACAGCCGGUCGCACAUGACGCGGGCUCCGCCGAUGGUGGUGCACGGCGCCGAGCGCUCCCCGUCGGUGCGACAUCUCCGCGCUGAAGUAGCAUCGCUGGCUAACGUUAGCUAACAACAUCGAUCUCUCUGCUGCUCCACAUCCCCCCGCCCCCUCCAUCCCCUCUCCCUCCGGCCGACCCCCCCCGCUACCGAUCCGUCUCAUCAACAGCUGAUUGAUACAUCACACCGGACCACCGAGGGCAACCCCUUCCACGAUCGUCCAUCGGCCAGCGCAGGAAGCCCACCGGUUUCCCCCCACUAACGUUUCGGAUUUAGGGCCCGAAACGACAGUUGCCUCAGAGAUUUUAACCCGUGAUAUUUAAAUCACCGACACCCCUUCAGCCUCCUCCUCUGUGGCCUUUUAGGGGUCAGUUUCCUCGCUACCUCAUCCCGAUGCCUCCCAGCCUCCGUGUGUGACCUCAUCCGCACCAUCACCCCGUUCAGAGCCCCACCGACAUCGGCUCUGCUGCGUCUGACAAUCCGACCAGCUGCACGGCGGGCAGUGAUUGCGGCUAACCCCGACGGACAUCUCCGGUUCUCUCCGUCCCUUUCUCCCCCUUUCUUUCCCCUCUCAGUCCGGCUGCAGAGGGGGAAGCUAGCCGGCCCGGACCGUGUUCCACUCCACACCCACACAGUCAGCAAAAGUCCAGUCACCGGUCUUCCCCUCCACAUCUCCGUGACACAGCACCCGAGCCACUGGUCUCGCCAUGCCGGGUCCGGUGGCCGGUAGCAAGUCCCGUGUGUACGCAGACGUCAACACCCUGAAGAGCCGGGAGUACUGGGACUACGAGGCCCACGUACCCAACUGGAACAACCAGGAGGACUACCAGCUGGUCCGUAAGCUGGGCAGAGGGAAGUACAGCGAGGUGUUUGAGGCCAUCAACAUCACCAACAACGAGAAGGUGGUGGUCAAGAUCCUGAAGCCGGUCAAGAAGAAGAAGAUCAAGCGAGAGAUCAAGAUCCUGGAGAACUUGCGAGGGGGCACCAACAUCAUCCGACUGGUGGACACAGUCAAAGACCCAGUGUCCAGAACUCCAGCGCUCGUCUUUGAAUGCAUCAAUAACACAGACUUCAAGGAGUUGUACCAGAAGUUGACGGAUUAUGAUAUCCGUUUCUAUAUGUUUGAACUACUGAAGGCUCUGGACUACUGUCACAGUAUGGGAAUCAUGCACCGUGACGUCAAACCCCACAAUGUGAUGAUCGACCACCAGUUGAGAAAGCUACGCCUUAUAGACUGGGGUUUGGCAGAGUUCUACCACCCAUCCCAGGAGUACAACGUCAGAGUGGCCUCACGAUACUUCAAAGGCCCCGAACUCCUGGUGGACUACCAGAUGUAUGAUUACAGUCUUGACAUGUGGAGCUUGGGCUGUAUGCUGGCCAGUAUGAUUUUUCAGAAAGAGCCCUUCUUCCAUGGACAAGACAACUACGACCAGUUGGUGCGAAUUGCCAAAGUCCUGGGGACGGACGAGCUGUUCGGCUACCUGCGCAAAUACCACAUUGAACUGGACCCGCGCUUCAAAGACCUGCUGGGACAGCAGAGCAGGAAGCGCUGGGAACAGUUUGUGCAGACGGAGAACCAGCACUUGGUGAGUCCUGAAGCUCUGGACCUGCUGGACAAGCUGCUACGCUACGACCACCAACAGAGGCUGACCGCUACCGAGGCCAUGGAGCACCCUUACUUCUACCCAGUAAUAAAGGAGCAGUCUCUGUCGAACUCUGACAACAUGGUAUCCAGUAGCAACACCACGGCGCGAUGAAACGCAGAUGUGGAAGAAGAAGAUGUUUGUUACCUCAGCUUUGUACCCGGUUGUGACAGUAACUUUGACAAGUGUACAGCGACAAUGGAUCAAAGUAACUCUGACCAGUUACUUCACAGAUACGUGCAUACGGACACACACACACCUUCUACACACACACACAUGCAUCGAUAUAAGCACACCUCGAUUAAAACACACACGCAGACAUGUACGCACACACACACGCACCCUCCUCCUCUGUCUCAGUCCGCGAUUGGCUUGUCCUGGUUCCCUGUCCAGCAGCCUGACCAAUGAGCUUGAAGCUGCUCCCCCAGAGUUUCUCU